GUGUGCACAGGAUUACCGAAGAAUCGAGCUAUCUGGAUUGAAUUAUAAAACUGUUUUCUUUAUACGUACAUUUUAUGUCCAUAAACGCAGUGCUGUCGCAAUGGUGUCUCACUCGCUGGCGUUACCCAUGAUCUGCUUCACCAUGCUGUGGGGUUUGGUGGGGGUCGUCGUCCCGUUUCUUGUCCCGAAAGGACCGAACAGAGGUGUCAUCAUAACUAGUUUGGUGCUGACCGCCGUUUGCUGCUAUUUAUUCUGGUUAAUAGCGAUACUGGCCCAAACAAACCCUCUGUUUGGACCUCAGCUGAAGAAUGAGACCAUAUGGUAUCUGCUAUACUUCUGGGAAUAGAUGCAGGUGUCACUUGCCAAGUUUGGUCCAUUCAUCACAAGCGUCAUUCUUAAAAUAAUUCCUUAUAAUCAUUCACACCCAAACAAUAAUGAAGUGAGGAGCAACCUCCUGCUUACCUACAUUCUAUUAGAUCUAGUGAAACUCCAUGGGAACAAUUCUAUAUGCAUCCUGGUGUUAAGAAAUAAGUUUUAACAUUAGACAUAAUUUCCAAUUACAAAAAGAGUCAUUUUACCUAUUGCUUAAAAUAUAUUUCACAAUGAACCAAUUAGAAUAUUCUGAAAAUACUAUGAAAUAUUGUCAUGAAUAGGCUAUUAGUAUAAAUAUGUACAAAGAAAUAUAAUAGUGAUAUUCUUGUGACUUGCAAAGCAUUAAAAGGACAGUUCACCCUCAUGCCAUCCCAGAUGUGUAUGACUUUCUUUCUUCUGCAGAACA